GCCAGUUGCAAUCCGAAUGUGUCAGGCAGACGUAACGCUGCUCGCGCGAGUGCAAAAGUGCGACAAAGUGCGGCAGACGACGGUCACACACAAACACAGACACACACAAGUACAUGACACGACUGUAAUAUAACGAAAGAGAGUCCUGUUGUCGUGGUGUUUUAAUACACGAAAGCAGUGAACGUAGCAGUAUUUUAUACGUUUUAAUUCUUGUAGUACAAGUAAACACUCGGAGUGCGAGUGUUUGCGCAAAGUUAUACACAUAUACAUAUACACACACACACGUGCGGCUAUUAUAAAAUCUACAGUGCGAAAUAAUUACAUUUAAAAGAUCAGUGCAGAAAAGUAUAUCGUUACAAUAUACAAAAUAUUAAGAGAAGAAAAAGGGCGCAUCAGUGGUGGGUCGGCUAAGAAAGGCCGGCCGUGAAGCGCGAGAAGUGAAGUAUUAUUGCGUGGGGCCCCGUGUCGCGCGUUCAGCCUCCCGGAGGCGAUGCGCGAGGAGCCAUGGUCGCUGCGUCCGGCCCAAGUGGGAUCCUAGCGGGACGCAGCUGCAGCCUCAGCUACAACAACAACCACCACCAGAACAACAACCACAACCACAACCACAAUAACAAUAACAAUAGCAACAACGCGCGAGUAGCUUCCACUCCGGCUUGCACUGGCUGCUGCGGUGCUGCUACGACGCCCUGCGCCACCAACAACAACAACAACAACCACAGCAGCAACAAUGCCAACAACAAUCAUCACCAUAACAAUGGCACAGUAACAACGGCAGCAGCUCCUCCGACUCAUGGCACGGGUGAUCAGAGUUCGGCGGAGCAGCAGCGUACGAGCCCUACGCAGCAGCAGCAGGUCGUCGAGGACGAGGCGCAGCGCAAGAGGCACCAGAGCGACCUGUACAUCAGGCCCAGCUGGACCGAUGCAGCCAUCGCUCUCGAUCAGCUCGAAAAGGGCAAGGCCGAGGGGCCCAGAUCGGUGGUGUGGUUCCGCGCCCGGCUGCAGGACCAGCUCAGUCAGCUGGGCUACUUUCUGCAGCGACACGCGGGCAAGGUGCUGUUCGUGGCCAUCCUCGCGCUGGCGACCUUCUGCGUCGCCCUCAAGUCCGUCCAGGUCCACAGCAAGGUCGAUCAGCUCUGGGUCGAGGAGGGUGGCCGGCUAGAGCGCGAGGUCAAGUAUGCGACGCAGGUGCUGGGCGAGGCCUCGGCCUCGACCCACCAGCUCGUCAUCCAGACGCCGCGGGACAAGGGCGCCAACAUGCUGCACGUAUCGGCGCUCAAGCAGCACCUCAACGUCAUCAAGACGGCUAGUCAGGUCUCGGUGCAUCUCUUCGACAUCACUUGGAGGCUCAAGGAUCUGUGCUACGCCCCGAGCAUACCCAACUUCGACGUGCACUACAUCGACCAGAUCUUCGACAGCAUCAUUCCGUGCGCCAUCAUCACACCCCUCGACUGCUUCUGGGAGGGCAGCAUGCUCCUCGGUCCCGAGUAUCCCGUUCACAUACCAGGCCGACUGUCGGGCAAACCGCUCAACUGGACGAACCUCAACCCCACGGAGAUGGUCGAGGAGAUGAAGAAGCUCGAGUACAGCUUCCCGUACAAGACCCUGGAGGAGUACAUGAAGCGGGCCGGCAUCACCAACGGCUACCAGAGCAAGCCCUGCCUGAACCCGCGCGAUCCCGAGUGCCCGCGAACGGCCCCGAACAAGGAGCGCCUCGAGGGUCCCGACGUCGGGGCCGAGCUCACCGGCGGCUGCUACGGCUUCGCGGCCAACUACAUGCACUGGCCCGAGGAGCUGAUCGUCGGCGGCGCCCAGCACAACAAGACCGGCCACCUGACCAAGGCCGCCGCCCUCCAGACCGUCAUCCAGCUGAUGGGCGAGCGCGAGCUCUACGAGUUCUGGGCCAACACCUACAAGGUCCACCACCUCGACUGGUCGCAGGAGAAGGCCUCGUACGUGCUCGACAGCUGGCAGCGGGCCUUCAACGCCCAGGUCAAGCGCCUGCAGAACUCGAGCGCCGAGUCAGGACCCUACAAUCACUACGCCUUCAGCACGACCAGCAUGAACGACGUCCUCGGCAAGUACAGCGAGCUGUCGCUGACCAAGCUGGGCCUGGGCGCGGGCCUCGUAAUGCUCUACGCCGGGGCCGUGCUCUAUCGCUGGCGCAACCAGGUGCGCUCGCAGGCGGGCGUCGGCAUGGCCGGUGUGCUGCUGAUCUGCGCGAGCCUCGCCGCCGGUCUCGGCUUCUGCGCGCUCCUCGGCAUACACUUCAACGCCGCCUCGACCCAGAUCGUGCCCUUCCUCGGCCUCGGCCUCGGCGUCCACGACAUGUACCUGCUGACGCACACCUACUCGGAGCUGGCGGUGCGCGGCGACGUGCCCAGCGACCAGCAGACCAGUCUCGUGCUCAAGCGCACCGGCCUCUCCGUCCUCAUGGCGGGACUGUGCAACGUCACGGCCUUCCUGGCCGCGGCCCUCAUUCCCAUUCCCGCGCUGCGCGUCUUCUCGCUCCAAGCCGCGGUGCUCAUGUUCUUCAGUCUCGGCGCCAUGCUCCUCGUCUUCCCGGCCAUGAUCAGUCUGGAUCUGCGGCGACGUCGUUCCGGUCGCUCGGAUCUGCUCUGCUGCUGCAUGCCCGAGCUCCAGAAGCCCAUGUUGCUGCCGACGACGAGCAGCAGCGAGCCGGGACUGCCGACGCACACCAGCCACAAGUCCCGCUGCUCGAGGAGCAGCUCGAGCAAUCGUUCGCAAAAACCCGAGCGACAGGCCCUCACGGGCGACGAGGACGACGUCCGGGACUCGAUGAGUCUCAAGCUGACGCGACUGGUCGCCCGGCACUACGUGCCCUUCGUCCUCAAGCCGACCAACAAGGCCCUGGCGAUGCUGCUGCUGGCCGUGGCGAUGACCGCGAGCACGUGGCAGGCCACGCGCAUGACCGAGGGCCUCGAGCUCGCCGACCUCAUGCCCAUGCACUCGGAGGAGCGCUCCUUCCUCACCGCCCAGGCCAAGCACUUUGGCUUCUACAACAUGUACGCGGUGACGGGCGCCGACUUCGAGUACCCGAACAAUCAGCGCCUCCUCUACGAGUACCACGACGCGUUCAUGCGCGUCAAGAACGUCAUCAAGAACGACGACGGCGGCCUGCCCGAGUUCUGGCUCAGCCUGUUUCGCGACUGGCUCGUGGGCCUGCAGGCGGCCUUCGACCGGGACUGGGCCCAGGGCUGCAUCGUCUCCGAGCGCUGGUUCAAGAACGCCAGCGACGACGGCAUCCUCGCCUACAAGCUGCUCGUGCAGACCGGCCACGUGGACAAUCCCAUCGACAAGUCGCUGGUGCAGCAGCAGCGCCUCGUCAGCGCCGAGGGCAUCGUCAAUCCGCGCGCCUUCUACAAUUACCUGAGCGCCUGGGCGAGCAACGACGCGCUGGCCUACGGCGCCAGCCAGGCCAAUCUCCGGCCCGAGCCACGCCAGUGGAUCUACAGCAACGAUCACGAGCUCAAGAUACCCAAGAGCAUGCCCAUCACGUACGCGCAGAUGCCGUUCUAUCUGCACAAGCUCAGCUCGACGGCCGACAUAACCGACCUGAUCAGGCACGUGCGCGAUCUCUGCCACCGCUUCGAGGAGCGCGGACUGCCCAAUUUCCCCUCGGGCAUACCCUUCACUUUCUGGGAGCAGUACACGAGUCUCUACAGCCGAUUCAUCUGGGCGGUGGUGGCCGCGCUCGGCGCCAGCAUCUUCGUCGUCGGUCUCCUGCUGCUCAACAUUUGGGCAUCGCUGCUGGUUGGCUUCUCCCUCGUCUGCAAUCUCGUCCAACUCAUCGGCAUCAUGGGUCUCUUCGGCAUUCAGCUCAGCGCCGUCUCGGCUGUACUGCUGAUCGUCAGUUUGGGCAUCGGUGUCCAUUUUACCGUUCACAUCAGCUUGAGCUUCGUAACCAGUGUGGGCAGUCGAGACCGACGUAUUCGCCUAGCCAUCGAACACAUGACCACGCCGGUCAUCCACGGCGCGGUGACGAUCUUCCUGGCCCUGACGAUGCUCGCCUUCUCCGAUUUCGAAUUCAUCGCGCGCUACUUUUACAUGAUGCUCGCCUGCCUCAUCGGCGUUGGCCUCGUCAACGGACUGCUCUUUUUCCCGGUGCUCCUGUCGCUCAUCGGAUCCGCCGCUGAGAUCGUGCCGACCGAGCAUCCCGAUCGCAUAUCGACCCCGACGCCACCGGCCUCGCCCAUGUUCUAUUGGACGUCGAAGCCACCGCCGCCGCCCAGACGAAGUAACAAGAUCGACAAUUCACGAAUGCAGCAUCUGGAACCCUCGCUCACGACUAUAACCGAGGAGCCCAACUCCUGGCACAGCCAGCAAGAGCAAUGCAUCAUUGUGCAGCCCGAGGUCAAAGUCGAAACUUCCACUACGUAUCCAAAUCAGAACUGUCCGAGUUCGGAUUCGAGCGGAACGGCGCGCACCUCUCCAGCUCCACAAUCGUCGCACGUCACGACGAAAGUCACUGCAACGGUAACUGCCAAAGUUGAACUGCACACUCCGAUCAACAGUGGAGUGGAUCGUAGCAGACACUCGAAUUCCAGCAGUAGGCGCAGCUCGCGCUGCAGUACCUCGACCACGCUAAACGCCUCGACCGAGUCGAUGAGCUCCGAUGCCGAGACUGGCUCUGUUCUGUAAAGAAGCUGGACCUAACGCUCCUCGUUCGAAGCUAGACUGGAACACUCACCACAAGGCUGAUUAGAAUGUAGAAAAUGUCAAAAAGUUCCUCGAGUGAACGACUUUCCUUACGUUUAAGUCUCUAAGGCGAGAUCGGAUACGCUGCGACUCUGAUCGAGUCGAGAACUUGCGACUGACAACUGAACUGUAUUUUUAGGAAACUCGAGUUUUUUUUCCUUUGUUUCAUUACACAUUGACACGUAAAUCUUUUGUAAUGUUGUGUACGUGCGCGAUUGUAUCCAUACGUUACCUAUGUACUUACUUUUGGCAUUUGAAUGCUUUUUCCCCGCUAAGAAAGAGGACUCAAAAUACGCCGCUUGCAAUAUUAAAUUACGUUGGGCGCGUGGUCGCAAUGAAAAGCUCGAGUUUCCGAACCCAAAGCUUUUUUUACGUACAUUUUUAUUACAAAGAAUUUAAGUAAAUUUCUAGUUGCAAAACUGAAAAGUAUUAGCAGAAACUAGGAAUAAAUUCGACAAUUAAUUUACGAGAGCGCAUCUGAAAGUUUAUAGUCUUGGAUAGCUGAAAAAAAAUAGCCGGUCAAAUUUAAGUUCCUGAAUUCUACUGUAGAACGUGCUUAUGCCACGAAGACGUGGUCGCUUUAUAUUUUUUUUAAUUUUCUCAUAUAGCACGUUUUCCAAUUGAGACCGUCUCAAUAUAUAUUGUACAUAUUUUUUUUUGUAUCGCGAAUCGCGAAGAAAGUGGUGCGAAGCUAGUUCAAUUUGUUACCAGUUGCAGUGUGAGAUUUACUUGAAACUCUGAAAAAGAAAAUAAAAGAAAAUAACAACGAUGCGCUAGAGAUUCCACGCAAAUGUAAAUCGGAUUUUUUCCACAUAUAUAUUGAAUGUAAAAGAUUUAGGGUUUUCGCGUUGAUUCGUUAUUUUUCGACGCGAGGCAUUGUACAGUUUGUGCGAGCGUGAAUGUUACGAAUAGUUUAUUACUUUUUGUAUUGUAAAAUACUUAAUUUGAGUAUGUAUCUGAGAUAAGUAUAACUCGCGAAUGCCGUAUAAAUGUAUUAGAGCUUUGUAUUACUUAGAAAACCUGUAAAAAGCAUAAAUUAAUAUAUUGUCAUGUCCACGUAGUAGCAAAAUGAACUCUAAGAUUUCAUGGAAUGAAUGCUAGGGUGAUGUUCUACCCAAAAAAGUGUAUAAACAUGUAAUGUAUUAUAUAAAUAUAAAUGCAUAUAGAUUUAUAUAUUACACGCAUUAUACGAUAUAAAAUGUGCGUACUUUAUAAAUGAAAAAAAAAUCGCUCCGAAAGGUAAAAACCUAGGCAAAUAAAAACAUUUCAAACUAUAUCAAGUCAUUUUUGUACACAAUAUAAAUAUUUAGGUUAUAAGCUCGAUUGUAUUUUAGAAAAUGGGAUAGAAUCCCGCGAAAGUAAGGCCAAUUAUGAACAAAACAAAAAAAAUUACUGUAUGGUUUUUUUAUACAAUAAUAUAAAGAAGAAAAAAGGGAGAGUGGCGUCUCGCGCUCACACAUCGCGGAAGCUCAAGAGAAGAUAAAUAGUCAAUUAUUUCUCAUCGAAGACGCUUUGCAUUAUAAGACUAAAAAAAAUAAAGACAUGGUUUUUAAUUCACGCAUGGCGAAUUAAAAAUUGCAUUCAUGAACA